AGUGAACACGAGUUCACUUAACUGCCGAUCGUAUGACCAUCUCUUCAAACUGAUUAUUGUCGGCGACUCUUGUGUUGGAAAGACUAGUAUUUUGCAGAGAUUUCACGGCGAGACUUAUUUACCCGCUUCUGUGCCAACCAUUGGUAUCGAUUUUAGGAUCCGAACCAUAACUUUUGAAAACAAAAUAAUUAAACUCCAGAUCUGGGAUACUUCAGGUCAAGAGAAAUACGACUCAAUUACGACAUCCUAUUAUAGAGGAGCUCUCGGAGUACUUCUCGUCUAUGAUAUCACGAAUCGAAAAAGCUUUGAAAACAUUAAGAGUCGUUGGAUUAAACAUACAAAUGAUGGAAGUGAAUUCAGAAGUGGCCGAAGCGUUGGCUAUUGAUUACGGACUCAAACACUUCGAGACCAGCGCUAAGGAGAAUAUAAAUCUCGAAAAGGCUUUCUUUCAGAUUUCUAAAGACAUCUAUAAUGAGGUGAAAAACAAAUGCUUGAGAGAUGAGGCAAAUAAUGUGUCGUUGUCUCCAACAACUGCACCCAAGAAAGGGAAGACAUACCGGUGCUGUCAAAUCAACGUUAAUCUUUAA